UGGGGCAGUUUCUGAAUAGCAGCACAGCUAAAACAUCACACAAAACACAGUAUAAAGCUUCGAUUUUCAUUGGGAGCGUUUUGAUGUUGACAUCUUACGCUACGUGAUUUGUGUUGUUAUGUUGUGACAUCAGUUUCGGCGGCGACUGAGCUGAAUAUUUCACGUUUUUUUUAACAUCCUGACCUCCCUGAAAUGAACCAGACUCUGAGCUGAGAGAGCAGGAUGCUAGCAUGCAGGAAAUUAGCUCAUUAGCCCCGAAUACCAGCCGAGCGUUAUGAGGCUUAAGUUUCUCUUUUCAUGCUCAUUUUAAACGAAAUCAAAGAAAUGGACACUGAGGCUAUAGUGAUCCGUAUAAAAACGCCAUUAGGAGACAUGGACUCGUCUGUGGACUGUCCAUGUCUUCUGAACUUCAAUGACUUGCUGGUCGCAAUAAGAGAUGUGAUGCCUGAAGCCACCGUCAUGGCCUUUGAGUAUGAAGAUGAAGUGGGAGACAGAAUUACAGUAAGAAGCGACGACGAACUCAAAGCCAUGCUGUCGUAUUACUGCAACACAGUCAAUGAACAACGCAUGAAUGGAAUGCUGCCGGACCCUCUACAGAUUUUUCCAAGAGCCGGCAAGACUCCAGGGAUCCGGAACAUACAUGGCCUGAAGGUUAACACAAGACCUAACCCAGCCAGUGACUGUGCUCAAGUUGUUCCAGACUCAAUGGCCAACAACAGCUUGAAAACAUCAUCUGCUGAGUUUAAAAGGAUCUUGACAAAUGGGCAGAUAAAUGCCCAAGAUAUCCACUAUCAAGAACAACUUGGUCAUGGAAACGGAGGCACAGUUUACAAAGCCUACCAUGUUCUCAGCAAGCGGGUUUUAGCUGUCAAGGUAAUUCCUUUGGAUAUCACAGUGGAAUUACAGAAGCAAAUCAUGUCCGAAUUAGAAAUUCUCUAUAAGUGUGAUUCACCCUACAUCAUCACUUUCUUUGGUGCCUUUUUUGUAGAGAACAGGAUAUCCAUAUGCACAGAGUUUAUGGAUGGCGGAUCUUUGGACGUCUAUAAAAGAAUUUCAGAGCACGUGUUGGGGAGGAUUGCAGUGGCUGUGGUAAAAGGCCUGACAUAUUUGUGGAGCCUGAAGAUACUUCACAGAGAUGUCAAGCCUUCCAAUAUGCUGGUGAACACCCGAGGACAAGUCAAGCUGUGUGACUUUGGUGUCAGCACACAGUUGGUAAAUUCAAUUGCCAAAACUUACGUGGGAACUAACGCAUACAUGGCGCCAGAAAGAAUAUCAGGAGAACAAUAUGGGAUCCAUGCUGAUGUCUGGAGUGUGGGCAUCUCUUUUAUGGAGCUGGCACUCGGCAUGUUCCCCUAUCCACAAAUUCAGAAAAACCAAGGAUCUUUAAUGCCUCUCCAGUUACUGCAAUGCAUCGUUGAUGAGGACCCUCCUGUGCUUCCUGUUGGUCAGUUCAGUGAGACGUUUGUUCACUUCAUCACUCAGUGCAUGCGUAAGAACCCCAAGGAGAGACCAGCACCUAAUAACCUCAUGGACCAUUCCUUCAUAGUUCAGUAUAAUGAUGGGAACGCAGAGGUGGUGUCCAUGUGGGUUUGUCGCUGUCUGGAGGAGAGACGAGCUCAGCUGACRUAGAGACUCAUCAGGUUUCCUCCUGCCGUCCGAUCUCGAUGGACCCCCUGGAUGUUUGACUCCAAACCUAUGAACAMUUCUGAAAAGCUUUAGGGUCUGAAAGCAAGGCACAUGUGAAAAGGGAGGACUGAGUCACUGGUUGUUACACGCUUUAUGUCAGAAUUUACUUAUUUAACGUACUUCUGCUACACGACAUGGAGGAUUCUGUAUUCUUUUGAGAGUCUGUGCUCAGUCCAAACGCAGCAGGUGCUUCACCGAGUGUUUUUUUUUUCCAGAAGAAUCCAAAAAUGCUGUGAACACAACAGCCUGAUGAAGCAAAUGAUCUCUGUUCGAAGGAUCAGAGACGAUAAACAACUUUCUGUGGAGACUGCAAAAGGCUGACGUGGUUGAGCUUUGCUGACGACGGCCCUCAAGUGAAUGUCAAGGUUUUCUUCUAUGAGUGACUGCCCAUUAUCUGUGCCUGGGUUACCAGUGUUGUUAUUUAUUACCUCAGCAAGUUGAAAAUGUCACAGUUAUAAUAGACAGAUGUUUGCCAAAAAAAUGUCCUGUUUCUAUACCAGAACCAGUGUAACGAGGAAAACCACUUUGGUUUGAGAUUGAGGCGUGGAUGAGUGCUGUCUAACAUGUCUGUGUGUGUCUCCCUUCACAAGGAUGAUCCCUUUUUUUCCUCAUUGUUGUCUCAGUACUGGAGUUCUUCUCAUCACAACCAUCAUGUUUCUAAAAUAUAUUCACAUGUAGCCAUUUGUCUCAGUGGGUCUGUGUGGUGGACCACGAUCCUGCAUGUUUUCAGUGUUUGUCUACCCCUGAUUUGAAUGAAUGAGAUUUACAAGCUUCUGCAGAACUUGAAGCUCUGCUGAAGAACAGGGAAACAACUAAAACUUGGAUGGUGAUCCUCCAGGACCAGGAGGCUGGUGUAAACCAACCUGAAAACCUAGACCAGUGAGUCAGAAGCAACAACAAAACCAUAUAUUCACAUCAUUUUUAGACUCACUGGUAUAAAAAUGUUCUGUUCUUUUGAAAACAAACCAGGCUUUACAUCAGUAUAAAUACUCAGCAGAUGUCCUCUUGUUUUUUGUUUUUCUUUUCUUCAGCACUUUUAAGUAACAAUUACAAAUGUAAAGAAAAUGAAACUUUGAACAGUUUAUGGUGUAACUUCAUCUAUAAACUAUAACAUUUUGUGUAUCUUUAUUGCAUUAUAAUAAAAARUAAGACAUUU